AUGGUUAAUUACUUUCACUACGAGCCGUCUUUUCCUUUAGCGACAAUCUUUGUUAUUGUAUUCACUCUUUCAUCGAAUCUUCAUAUUUACCAGAUCAUUGAAAAAAGAACAUGGUUCUUCAUCCCCUUUGUAAUUGGCUCCCUCUUCGAGGCCGUCGCAUUCUUUAGUCGAGCAAUCAGCGCCAAGGAAGCGCCUAGCUACACUUUUGGCGUCUGUGUUGUUCAGAAUUUACUCAUCCUACUCGGGCCGACAUGCUACUCUGCGGCUAUCUACAUGCUCCUAGGUCGCUAUAUAAAGUACCUGGAUGGAGACAGCUAUUCAUUGAUCAAGCCAUUUUGGCUUACUAAAAUCUUCCUAUUUGGCGAUAUUACAUCUAUUGUACUCCAAGUACUAGACGGCGGAAAGAUUGACAUGGUGGAUAAAGAUCACAAGUUGUCAGUAACAGAAGACGCUGUUGUCGCUGGCCUCAUAGUUCAGCUUGUGUUUUUCACCAUGUUCGUGGUGAUAACAACAUGGUUUUAUUACAAAUUUCUCAAGCAUUGCAAAACACAACCGCCUGGCUGGCAGAAGUUCAUGAUGGUCAUUUAUGCCAGCAGCAUGCUAAUACUAAUUCGAUCCAUCUUUCGCAUGGCAGAAUACAUCGAGGGGCCUGAGGGAGAACUGCAAUCCAAAGAACUCUAUAUCUACGUUUUGGAUGCCAUUCCCAUGGCUAUGGUUACUAUCGGAUUUCAUGUCUUUCAUCCUUCUAGAUUUAUGCCGCGCCUCGAGAAGACCUUGAGUACAACUGAUAGUAAGAGGAGUUUGACUUUUUAA